UUUCAUUUUAUUUGAGUUUUUCUUUGAAAUUGAUUUUGUGAUCAUGGAUCUUCAUGGAAAUAGUUUUUUAAAUUGUGAUAGUUUGAUUAAUCAAAGAUUAAAUCAAAUAAAAGAAUUUAAAGAGAAUUCAUCGUGGCUCGAGGAUGAAGUUAAAUGUGAUUUAAUUUGUGAAACAGUUUCAUUUCUGGAUGGAUCAUCAUUAAAUCAUCUUUUCAUCCUAACUCCUUUCAUCCUUAGAUUGAUAGAUGACCAUCAACAUGAAAACAAAUUGAAAGGAUUGAAUUGCCUGAAUAACAUAAUCACUCGUUAUGGACUUUGUGAUCUUGAGUCAGCUAAUUUUCAUCAAUUAUUUUGGUCUAAUCUAAAAAAAUUACUAUAUAAUAAUGACGGUGAUGUGGUGAAGUCAUUGAUUCCACUGUUAGUAUAUUUUAUUGAGAAAUUUUCUCUUGGCCAAGGUGAAAUUGAUCAAUGUUUCGACCAAUUAAUAAAAAAUCAAUUGAUUUCAAGUGAUAAAACUCUUUUUCUAAUCAACAUCAAUGGCAUAUUACAAUUUAUUAAAAAAUGGCCAAAAGAAUUGGUCAAAUUUUCUAAAAAAAUUUUAGAAAUGACCUUAACUUUGAUAGAAGACCAAAUCAUUUCAUCAACCACUUACCAGUUAAUUGUUUCAUCUAUCGAAGUGUUGGAGUUAAUCAUUUCCCGAAAUGGUAAAUUAAGUUAUUUAUAUGCUGGUCAAAUAUUAAUAACAUUCAUCAAAUUUAAAUUCAAUCUAAUUGAUAAAAAAAACAAUUUGGAUGGUAAUCAAACUAACAAUUUAAACAUGAAGAUUGAAUCAUGUUUAUUGGAGCUGAAAACGAAUAAUCCAAAACUGUUGGCUUAUUAUUGUGAUCUUCUGAAAAAAAGAUCCACAUGCGAUGAUAGCUUGUUGAGGUUGACUUUUGGUAAUCUCUUCUGAUUUAACAGCGAUUGAUGAAUCCACUGUUUUCAUUUGAUCAUGUUGAAAAUCUUGAAGGCUUGAUGUUGGUUCUUCUUGAUUAUUUCCAGGUUGAAAACUUGUCUGUAAUUUGUCAAUGGGUGAAUCAGACACUGAUUGUAUAUCUGGUUUAAUAUCCAUAUUUUCACUAAUUAAAAUUGAAACAUAAUCA